AAUAAAUCUCCAAUCAUUCCAGGGCAGCUUCGACCCUUUCCGCUAUUAAUCCCUUCCAAAGCAAUUUCAGCGACUCUCUUUCCGGCCUCGGUUCUGCUCUUCUCAGACCAGGCCCUCUCUCUCUCUCUCUCUCUCUCUCUCUCUAAAAAAUCCUUCCCAUAAAUGCCCCUCUUUGUCUUCUAAAUUACCAUCACAUCUACCGUUUCCAAAGACUCUCUUUGAAGCCGCAUAUGAUGCAAUCUGCCAACGGCUCAGAUCCGCAGCAGCAGCAGCAGCAGUGGAUGGCGAUGCAGUACCCGUCUGCGGCGAUGAUGAUGCAGCACCAGAUGAUGCCGCAGCACUAUCAGCCGCAGCAUUUCAUGGCCUACCACCAUCCCCACCAUCCGCAGCAGCAGCCGCAAUCGUCGUCGGCGGACGAUAACAAGACGAUCUGGGUCGGAGAUCUUUAUUACUGGAUGGAUGAGAAUUACCUCCACAGCUGUUUCGGUCAGACGGGCGAGGUUAACUCCAUAAAAGUAAUUCGCAAUAAGCAGACUGGUCAGUCAGAAGGCUAUGGAUUUGUAGAAUUUCUUUCACAUGCAGCAGCGGAAAAAGUUCUGCAAAGCUACAGUGGCGCUACAAUGCCUAACACAGACCAGCCCUUCCGGCUGAAUUGGGCAACAUUUAGCAUGGGGGAUAGGCGUUCCGAUGCCAGCUCCGACCAUUCCAUAUUUGUAGGUGAUUUGGCUCCUGAUGUUACGGAUACCUUAUUGCAGGAAACUUUUGCUAGUAAGUACCCAUCCGUAAAAGGUGCAAAAGUUGUCAUCGAUACAAAUACUGGUCGUUCCAAAGGUUAUGGCUUUGUAAGAUUUGGUGAUGAUAAUGAGAGAUCACGUGCUAUGACCGAAAUGAAUGGUGCGUAUUGUUCUAGUAGGCCCAUGCGCAUUGGUGCUGCAACUCCUAGGAAGUCAUCGGGAUUUCAGCAAUCUUAUUCUUCUCAAGCUGUGGUAUUAGUAGGUGGUUAUGCAUCAAAUGGUGCUUCUGCCCAAGGUUUCCAAUCUGAUGGUGAUUCGACUAAUACGACAAUAUUUGUUGGAGGGCUUGGCCCGAAUACCAGUGAUGAGGAUCUCAGACAAGCCUUUUCUCAAUAUGGUGAGAUUAUUUCUGUAAAGAUUCCAAUUGGGAAAGGAUGCGGGUUCGUUCAGUUUGCUCAGCGAAACCAUGCUGAGGAGGCAUUGCAGAGGUUGAACGGGACAGUCAUUGGGAACCAGACGGUUCGUCUUUCAUGGGGUCGCAAUCCAGCAAACAAGCAGGUAUUCUCAAUUUCGCAUGCAAACUGCGGGAAGGUUAAGAGUUGACAAAUUGAGAGGAUAUCCUGUGAAGAAACGCUAUACUGUUGUGACGGCAUCUCCUCCAAGUCCUGAUAGUCUAUGGUCCAUUCAUGAUUGGGGUUGUCAGUUCAAUGGCUUGGAUUGACCAACCAUUGGGCCUACAUCUACAAACUAAGUUACCUGUUCAGAAUGAAUGGGGACCUCAGCCUCUUUCUGUGGAGGAAUAAUAUGAUCCACCCUUCUUUAUAAGUGGAUUCCACAGUUCUGUGAUCUAUACUGUUGAUCUGAUGGGCCUCAGCAUGCAUAUCUGUUGCCUCAAAAGUCCCCCAGAUUGAAAGAUCCUAGGUGUCCAAUCUCUGUCUCUUUCUUCAGUUGAAUCUGAGCUGUUGCAACCUUUUUUUUUUCCCAUUUACAAUCUAUUGCAAUUCACGCAUCAUUAUGGAGAUCUUUGGUUGACAUCAGAUCAACAGUCUGAAAUCUGGAUUACCGAGUCAUGGGUCCCACUUAUAAGGACUCUAGAAUCAAAUGAUAUCCAUAUCUUGGGUUGAAGAAUCA